GGUCAUAGUCAGAUUGUCCACCAGGGGAUCCCCCUAGACCACCCUAGAACUUGAAUCCAGGGAGCAAUAACAGAGAAAGCACAGCAUGGCCACUAAAGGGCCAACUUCAACUUACUUUCUCACAUUUGUUGCCAUUUUGCUGAUGAACAUAUGUGUGGUGGACUCACAAGGACUCCCUGAUAUUUCAGACAUCAUCCUACAGCUGAGCUACACGGAUGGAGAACUCAGUCACGUGAGAGAAAAACGAGAUGCCAGCAUAGUGCCGCUGGAAUACAUCGUGGUGGUGGAGAUAAACAUAUCACAGGUGAUUCUGAUAGAACAAAUCAAAUCCUCUCUGGACUCGAUCAGUCUUCCAUUACAACUAGACAACACUACAGAACUCAGUGGUGUGAACAUUACAACAGUCUGCGUUAAUGAUACUGGAUACAACUGCAGAUGUGAGAAUCAGUAUUUCUGGCCAUGUGACAAAUGUGUACAAUAUGGACAUUGUGAUGACAUCAUCAAUGCCACAUGCGGAUGCCUGGGUGACAUGCCCAAUGAUGGACAGUACUGCCAACCCAUCACAGAGCUGACGAAUGUCACGUGUCCAAUUCCGACAGUGACUCCGGCUCCCACUGAAUAUAUGGCUGAGGUUGAGAUUGACACAGUGGAUGCAGCAGCGCUUAAUCAACUGAAAACUCUUCUGAAGAACCUCAGUUUACCCUUCGGAAUAAGUGAAGUUCAGAUCACUGAACUCAACAUCACCACAGAUAUCACAUGUCCAACUCCGACAGGUAUGUAA